GGGAUGAAGAUGGAACUUGAACUUGUACGAAGUACGAAUCACAAGUACGAACUGUACAGUAUCAUAACCCUAACCCCCAUUGUGACGACUGGCGGCAUUCAGCAAGCCAUGCGGGGCAGCAGUCGAACCUCCCCCGCCACGAUUAGACGUGAUCCUCCGAAGUGAAGCACGGAUACAGCACAUAUCCUCCUCCAUCCAGUCAGAACACUUCAAAAUCCGCCCUACCUACGGAUUACCUGCGGCAAACAUGAGCGAAAGGAAGGUUCUCGUUACGGGCGCCACGGGCCUGCUCGGCAGACAGGUCGUCAAGGCCUUUGGCUGGCGCAACAACUGGUCCGUCACAGGCACUGGCUUCUCUCGUGCCGACGGCUCAUCCGUCAUCAAAGUCGAUCUCGGCAACGCCUCCGAGGUGGAAAAGGUCCUAGACGAGCAGAAACCUCAAGUAGUUGUUCACUGCGCGGCAAACAGGUUCCCCGACAAGGUUGACAAGGAUCCCGAGGGUACGCGGGCGAUCAACAUCGAGGCAUCCAGGUCGCUGGCCCGGCUCUGUGCUCAGCGCUCGGCUUUCUUGAUUUACAUUUCCACCGACUACGUCUUCUCGGGGAAGCCCGGAGAGGCGCCGUACGAGGCUGAUGCUCAGCCCGGCCCGACCAACCUCUACGGCCAGACCAAGCUCGACGGGGAACACGCCGUGCUCGGCGAGUUCCACGCGGCCGGCAAGGACGGUCUUGGCGUGGUGCUCCGCGUGCCGGUCCUCUAUGGACCGGCUUUAAGCCCGCAAGAGGGUGCCGUCAACGUCUUGAUGGAUUCGGUUCACAAGGCGCAGCAGGAGGGUGUCGAGAUCAAGAUGGACCACUGGGCACUCAGAUACCCGACCAAUACCGAGGACGUCGGUCGCGUCUGCCACGACGUCGCUGUUCGCUAUCUCGAGGCCGACGACAGAGCGCCUCUACCGCGGGUUCUUCAGUUCUCAAGCGAGGACAAGUACACCAAGUACGAGAUCUGCCAGCUCUUUGGCGAGAUCAUGGGCCUGCCAAUCGACCGGAUUGAGCCUAACACGGAGGGUAACGACCCUACGGCGAGCGUCCAGCGGCCGUACGACUGCCAUCUCAGUACGAAAGCGCUGAAGGACAUUGGCAUCGACGUGUCGACGCAGGACUUCAAGGGCUGGUGGAGGCGAGAAGUGAGGGCGUUUAGGAAGUGAGACUUUUGACGGUUUGUUUGUCUCGUUUCUGACGAGCCAGCCAUUUCAAGACGAGACCUCUCCCCCUCCGAGACACGGUCACGGCCCUUGUGAUGAGCAG